UAAAUACGCCCCUGACAUGGAGAGUAAAUAUUGUACUAACGUGCAAGUUAUAAAACCUUACCCACUUGCCUUAAUUUUAUAUGGCUCUUGGUUUCUUACUUCUACCGCGGAUUUAGUUUGGUAUAUCAAACUGUUCUCACUUCAAAAUUAAUUUAAUCUUCAUUUCACCACUCUCGCUUUGCUACUUAUCUUCUCAGUUCAGAUCUGUGAAUUUCAGCUCCACCAUAACAGCUAGAGAUGGCCGACAAGCACAAGGUGACGAUAAUGGUGCUGACAGUCGACCUUCGGUGUCGUCGCUGCUACUUGAAAGUGGAGAAAUUUCUUCGUAAAUUCCCUCAAAUACGAGACCAGACAUUCGACGAGAAGGCCAACACGGUGACCAUCAGUGUGGUUUGCUGCAAUCCGGAGAAGGUGAGGGACAAAUUACGUUACAAGGGUGGCUUUUCCAUCGAGAGCAUUGAGAUCAAACCACCUCCAAAAUCACCAGCCAGACGGGAUUCUUCACUGCCGAAACCACCAGCUACUUUACCGCAGAAACCACCAGCUACUUUACUCCGGAAACCACCAGAAACACCGGUUUCUUCACAGCUGACGGCUGGUACGUGGGCUGGAUUUUGUUGCAAUGCAUGUUAUCAUGGCCAACGUGGGGGCCCUUGCUACUUUGGUGGACCAACACCACCUCCAUGCUAUUGGACUUAUAGUAGUCCCGUUUAUGAUAGGUGGGGCGGCGGCAGCUACAAGUAUUGUUAGUCGAGCCAUGGAGAUUGUUUUAUCGAACAAAACCCACAAGCCUGCUCAAUCCUAUGAAGUUGUAACAUGGCUCUUGAGGGAUGUUGUUAGCAAUAUUCUUCUACUUUUCUUCCCUGAAGAACAAAAAUCUUCUGCACCUUUAUUG